AUUUAGUUGAGUCUGUCAUCUCUAAGAAAAAAUAAACAAAUUCUCUAAAGUGUUAUUUUGCUCGUUUAAGAAAAAUUUAAUUUUUUUACCGAAAAAAUAUGGAUUAUAAUGGUGGCUGCAGCAAGAAAAUGUAUUCGGAUGAUACUAUAAUACCUGAUGAGAUAAUGAUGGCAAUUAAAACGGAACCAGAAGUUCUGAUUGAACAUGAACCUGCGGAUUUAGCAACAUGCGAGAAAAAACUUGAUGCUCUUAGAGGUGUUAUGGAAUACAGGCUAGACCAAAUACAAACCCAACUGAAUAUGGUAUUAGAUGCACAAGAGGAAGCUAAUGCUUUAUUACGCAAUUUCAUAACAAGUAAUCAGGAUUUGCGUUGCAAGUUUCCAUUAAAAACGUCGAAAAAGCUAAGAGAGCUCAAUUCAGAAAUAACACCAGAAAAUAGAAACACUUAUAUUAACACUAUCAAAACCCUACUCAAGCCACAAGGAGUUAUAAAAAAUCUUAAAUAUAUAUUAUCUACAGAUAUAACUAAUGAAUAUAAUGUAGAGGGUGUACAUGGCAAACAAUGUCUAAAGGAUUUAAAUAACUUUUAUGAUGUGCUUAUUGAUUCCAUUGAAGUAACAGCCACUUCAGGAACUGCAGAUCAACAAUUACGCAAGGCCAUAAGCCUAGCCAAGAAACGAUAUUUUAAAAGCAAGAGUAUUGCAAGACCCCGUGCAUCUGCUAGUGACAAUUAACAUUUUUAGUUUUAAUUUUUAAUAAAGUAUAUACAUACAUAAAUAAAAUAAUAUUUAACAUUUUA